GCAGUGCGACGGAUAUCUUCCAGAAGGUGUAUAGGCAUACCAAGACCGCUACCAGCGGACCACUUGGUUUCGGCGCGGAGCCGUUACCGUGGGGGCGAUCAAGAAGCCCUUCCUCCGGAGCGCUCAACGACCCGUUAGGCCUACCAACCGGGCUGGAAGAGCUCCAGAGUAGAAGCCAAGAUCCAGCCGGGGACCAUGGUAGUCUGGCACGCCCAGGGCUGCUUGGACCUCAUCCCCAGGAAAUGAAAUCCAACCAAAAAGUCGUUCCGCACAUUCCCUGGUCAAGCAAUGCUCUGGCAGGGCUGGCUGCACAGGUGCCUCACAUCAGGGUUCCUGCGGCAGCAUCACCUGGUGGAUGCCUGGAGGAAUUUUCUUAUAUGCCUGAUGGUUCACUUCACCUCCAAAAAGGCAUCACGCUGACAGCAGUCCAGGCGGCGCGAGUGAUGAAAUUAAAAAAACCGACACUGGUGGUGAAGGAAACAGCCCAGUGCAUCUGGACACAAGCCGGGCUGGCGGCACGCAGUGUGUCCGGGGUGCUCGCACCAAAGAAGAACUCUGGUGAAGAGCCGAAGCCUGCAAAUGGUCCCAGUCUAACUGGGACCCAGUUGCAACUGGUCCCAGUUGUAACUGGGACCAGUUGCAACUGGGAAUUGUCCCUUAAACCAGUUGAACUGGGACCAGUUGGAUCCCAGUUAGAAAUUUUCACCUGGGAUUGCAACGCAAUUACUGACGCGACACUCGGCAAAGAAAGGUUGGACCGGCAUUGCACGUCUGUCAGAAUAAAAAUGGCACACCAAAAAUGGCAUACCAAGUGUACAUACCGCGUGUUACGAAGGUAAUCCAUACGGCGUUUAUUUCAGCUCUAUA